AUGGGUCACUUAACUUUGAGUAUCAUUUUCUUCAUCCGUAAAAGGAAGAGGUUUGGUUUAGAUGACUUCUGGGAUCCUCUUUGUCCUAUAAAGAAUGAGAAAGCUCCUUUAUAUAACAUCACUGAAGAUGAUGAGAAUGUGUCUUCUGAGUUCUCUCUGCAAUCACUUAUCAUUGAUGCAUUUCAUGGUCAUGGAUUUGAAAAAAUAGAAGAAUAUUUGCAUCAAAAAGAGAACUCUCUUUGUCAAAAAUACAACCAACUCCUAUUAAUCCAUCUUGACAGAUUGAUAAAUAAGGAGCUGGACAAGAAUGAAUUCCAGUGUGUUUCAUUGUUGCUGAAAUGUAUUCAGAGGUUCUUCAUAGAUGAUACCAAAGAAGAUGAGCAGCUGUUAAUUCAACAAGGAUUGAUUCCAAAGAUGGCUUCCUGGUUUGAAAGAACUAUUGGAUUUCUGACCAGUGGAGAACUAACUAUAACUAUGUCCUUGGUUCAAGUUAUAGAAGGCUUUUUAAACACUGCCUUGGUAAUUUCCAAAUGCAGUCAUAAGGGAAAAAGCCAGCUCUUGGAUUCAUUCUUAUUUAACUUAGGACUGCUAGUGGCAAACAAGACUAUUAAUUAUUUGAUUCGACAGGAGGGUCUAAGGACUUUGAACUCCAUCUUGGAAAAAGUACCUCGGGGAGAGAGAGAGAAAUUUCCUUUAUCAGAAAACAGGUGCUUUCUUAUGGAAGGCCUUGCCAGGGCAAUUCUGGACAUAGGUGAUUAUGAUCUGCAAGUUGCUCUUUCCGAAGCCUUGUGCAGGAUGAUGAGUAAAAAGUCCCAAGCUGACCUUGCCCAUAGAUUGUUUGAAGAUGACAUCGUUGCUGUAGCUUUCAAAGAGAUAAGGGACAGAGAAUUUGAGACUGACAGUAGAAGAUUUCUUAAUUGCCUAAAUGAUAAGCUUGGUGAUAAAAGAAGGGUUUAUACAUUUCCAUGUAUUGCUGCCUUUGUCGAUGGCUAUGAGGUGAGGAAACCACAUGAUGAAAACCUGGAGAAAUUUUGGAUUGAUUUUAAUAUAGGAAGUCAGAGCAUAACUUUCUAUAUAGAUAAUGCUGAGGGUGAACUGUGGGACGCAGUAAGACUUCUAAAGGAAGCAGUUCGUGGUUUCAGUAUAAAAGAAGUUGGAAAAAAGAAGGUGCUUGUUGUUUACCUGAAGAAAUCUCUUCUUCUUUUCAACAACAAAGAAGUGAUGAAAAUAGAAAUACAUUUUGAUUUACAAUUCAGCAUACUAAAAACUUGCAUGAAAGUUCUUGGACAGGACAAAUACCUGGCGAACCCUGAUCAGACAAAAAGGGAAGAACCACCAGAAAUUCCUGAAAGUUUCAAGGAACAAGAGACAGCAGAGAGUCCCAGUUACCAAGAGGAAAAAGCAGUACAAGAACCCAUGUACCAGGAAGAAUCUGUGCAAGAGGACAAAAAUGAUUCUUUUUAUGAGCCUUCCCAAGUAGUUGAACAGCCUGAGACAAAAAAAAGUGAUGCAAAUAGUACUUCAGCCCACUUUUUGGACCUGGAAGACCCAAGUCAAGGAGAAAUUGCUUUAGAACGGAGCUCUUUAGAUGUCUUGAAAGAAGUGGAUAAAAUCCAGAUUCUUAAAUUAGAUGAGAAGCCUAGCUAUAGCAAUUCACCUGUGGCUUGCACUUCAGAGCCUUUCCAGGUGGACAUGCUUCAUGCUGAUGGUUUAGAGGAGAGAAGAAAAGGAACAAGUUCGAGCAAGAACAUUCCUGAAACAAAAGAGAAUCCUUAUGACUUUGAAAACGACUCUGAUACUAUGUACUCUCAAGUGGUUGUUGAAGCAAAGCAGAGGAUUCUCAGCCACAAAGAGUCAUCCAAGAAAAAGAGGGACAGCUCUACUUUCAGCAGUUACAAAAGCCAAGGAGAAGGAAAAUUGUUUGAUGAUGUUAGGAAGCACCUGUUUUCUGAAAGUAAUAAUGAAACCAGCAAUGAUAUGAGUGGAAGCUCUUGGAUCAAUACCCAAAAGAAAAAAAACUUAAAAACAUAUUCGAAGCAGAAAAAGCCAAGAGUCAGAAGUAAAUUAAGAGUUUUGCCAUUGUCACCUUCAAGUAGUGGCAGUGAUCGCCGAAAGACAACACCAGUGGGAAAAAGGAUCUUGAGGCAAAACAAUGAAAAAAACUCAGACUUUCCUGUGGUAAAAUUCCAGGGUAGCACAGUCUUCCUAACACCUGAUGAUUCUGCCAAGAAGAAGCCCUUCCAAAGUAUAUCCCCAUUAGAUGAUAUAUCUUCCCCAGAGUACUCAGAUGUCACAGAGGAUUUAUCAAUGACUGCAGCUCCCAAAUCCUCAGUGAAAAGUGCCAUCCUCAAGCGAAAACCCCAAAAUGUGGGAGUAUCAGAUUUAUCGGAUAGUACUUUGAUAAAGCCAAAACAACGAAAAUUAGAAGAGGACCACACACCAUUUUCCCCUGUUGCCUUAAUGCUAGGAGAAAACCCAGUUCCUGCAGCCUUACAGGCCAUACCAGACAGUCUAGGAGAGUCGGCCGUCAUCUCUACCUUUGAAAAUUUUACUAAAGAAUUGAAGAAGAAGUUUGAGUCUAGGAACAAGAAAAAAGAUGUUUGUUUCCAAAAUGCUAUGAAAGCAUCUGACAAGUUAACCACGCUUUUAAACCAGAUACAUCAAUGUAGGCUAGAUAAGAUAGAACAGUUCCAUAAGAGCGUUCUUCAAGAAUUGGACAACUUUAAGAAGGAUGUUCAAGCUCUGAAAGAUCUUGAGAAGGAAAUCCUGGACGUUUGGAAGGAACAAUCCACCAAACUAAAUUCAUUCUGUGACCUGCAAAUGCAGAGUCUAAACCAGCUGAGGAAAAGAUGAAUGAAGACGGCUUGCUCAAUCUUUUGUCCUUGACUAAAUAAAU